CUCUGCCCACAUUUCUACGGCGGAGCGACUCCGACUGGGUGAACCUCCCUACGUUUUUCCGCUGCCCGUCCGAACAGGCAGGAGCAGGAAGCAGGAGCAAGACUUGUGGCCAAGAACGGAUAUCGUCGUUGCAUUCCCGGAGACUCUUUUGAAGUGUGUCUUUUUGACGCCGGACAGCUUUUAAGGAGUUCUUUACCACUCGUAGAAGAUGGGUUCCGUCCCGGUGAUAUCAGCUCUGGUCUUGGCCGUCGUGGUGCCAUCGUUGGCCGGAUACAUCGAGGCGCUGGCAGCCAACGCGGGCACCGGGUUUGCCGUGGCAGAGCCGCAGGUGGCCAUGUUCUGCGGAAAGCUCAACAUGCACGUCAACAUCCAGACGGGCCGCUGGGAGCCCGACCCGUCGGGAACCAAGAGCUGCAUAGGCACCAAGGAGGGUGUGUGGCAUUACUGCCAGGAGAUGUACCCUGAGCUCCAGAUCACCAACGUGGUGGAGGCCAACCAGCCGCUGCGCAUUGAUAACUGGUGCAAGAAGGAGAAGAAGGUGUGCAACGGGCACGCCCACAUCGUGGUGCCUUACAAAUGCCUUGUGGGCGAGUUUGUGAGCGACGUGCUGCUGGUUCCAGAGAAGUGCAAGUUCUUCCACAAGGAGCGCAUGGACGUGUGCGCAAGCCACCAGCAGUGGCACAGGGUGGCCAAGGAGGCGUGCUCCAAGAGCUCAACAGUGCUCCACAGCGACGGCAUGCUGCUCCCGUGCGGCACUGACAAGUUCCACGGCACAGAGUUCGUCUGCUGCCCGCCCUUCCGCGCUGAGGAGUUGGCCGACUCUACCAGGGAGCAAGAGGAGGUGGAGGAAGACGUGGAGGAUGAGGAGAUCAAAGAGACCAACCUGGAUAAAGACGAGGACGCACUAGAGGACAGUGAGACUCUGGCUGAGGAGAAACCCACGCAGAAGGAGGAGACACUGGAUGAGGAGAACGAGGAGGAGGAUGACGACGAGGAGGAUUACCACUACGUCUAUGAGGACGAGGAGGCAGAUAAGGAGGACGAUGACAAGCGAGACAGCAGCAGAAUGUCCGACAGCCGGGAGGAAGAGGACAAGACUUUACAUGAAGUUAAAGCCGUGUGCACCCUGGAGGCGGAGACUGGCCCCUGCAGGGCUUCCAUGCCCCGCUGGCACUUUGACAUGAGUCAGAGGAAGUGCGUGCUCUUCAUCUACGGAGGAUGCGCUGGAAAUCGCAACAACUUUGACUCGGAGGAAUACUGCAUGGCCGUGUGCAAGCGACUCGCCACACCCCCCACUCCUCAGCCCGCCGACGACGUGGACAUUUACUUCGAGACACCGGCGGACGACAAGGAGCACAGUCGCUUCCAGAGGGCCAAGGAGCAGCUGGAGAUCAGGCACCGUAAUCGUAUGGAAAGGGUGAGGAAAGAGUGGGAGGAGGCAGACCGCCAGGCCAAAAACCUGCCCAAGGCUGAGAGGCAAACUUUGGUGCAGCACUUCCAGGCCAUGGUGGCGUCCCUAGAGGAGGAGGCUGCUAGCGAAAAGCAGCAGCUGGUGGAGACCCACCUGGCCCGGGUGGAGGCAAUGCUGAACGACCGCCGCCGGCUGGCCCUGGAGAACUACCUGGCGGCCCUGCAGGCAGACGCACCCAAGCCUCACCGCAUCCUGCAGGCGCUGCGCCGCUACGUGCGCGCCGAGAACAAGGACCGCCAGCACACCAUCCGCCACUACCAGCACGUCCUGGCUGUGGACCCCGAGAAGGCAGCUCAGAUGAAAUCACAGGUGAUGACCCACCUGCGUGUGAUCGAAGAGAGGAUGAACCAGAGUCUGUCCCUUCUCUACAAGGUCCCAUACGUUGCAGAGGAGAUCCAGGAUGAAAUUGAUGAGCUGCUCCAGGAGCAGAGAGCCGACAUGGACCAGUUCCUGUCGUCCAUCUCAGAGUCCCAGCCAGAUGUCACCACGUCGUCAGAGGAGAGUGUGGAGGUCCCUGUCGUGUCAGAGGGGAAACCCUACAGGCCGAUCCAGGUCACUUCAUUGGGGUCCCGCCCGGAACCAGAAGGCGAUCUGUCCGACCCUCCGCGAGCAUUCAAGAAAGGCUCCGCCGUGUCUGGCCUGGACGGUCUGAUCGGCGCCGAGGAGAAAAUAAUCAACAGCGAGACCAAGAUGGGACCCAAUGUGGUGAUUGAUGAGUCUCUGGAUGUUAAAGACGUUGUUUACAGUGCAGCGAGAAUCCGCAUAAUGCGUGAUGAUGAGCUGAAGACCUACAGGCCCCUAGGCGAGGACUUCAGCUUCGGCAGCACCGUUCUCAUCGGUCUGCUGGUGAUGGCGGUCGCCAUAGCGACGGUGAUUGUCAUCAGCUUGGUGCUGCUGCGGAAGAGGCAGUAUGGCACCAUCAGUCACGGCAUCGUGGAGGUGGACCCCAUGUUGACGCCGGAGGAGCGCCACCUGAACAAGAUGCAAAACCACGGCUAUGAGAACCCCACCUACAAAUACCUGGAGCAGAUGCAGAUCUGAGCCCCCAGGGGGUGCCGCUGUGGAGCCUACUGGAGCAUACUACUGACCUAUAAUUCCAUAACAAGAUGAUAACGAUGAUGAUCAUAACAAUGCUGUUGUUCCACUCAUCUGCAUACAUCCAAUACAACCCUCCCUCUUUUUUUUCUUUUGCAUUGUUGUUGAUUCCGAGACAGUUCUCUCUUGUCAUUUCCACUAGCUUGCAUCAAAGAUGUGUAAAGUUUCUGCAGAUUUUUUAUUUUAUUUUGUAGAUGUGAAUCAAAAGCUGUUUUUCAUGUUUUUAAGACAGAAUUGACGCUGCCGUUUUCUCAGUUUUUUCUCCUCUCAGUAGGUUGCUUGUAUAUGAAGGUUCUUUGUACCAAUUAAAAUGUAUAGUGAAACAGCAGAUGAGGGGGGAAAAAGACAUUUAUUUACAGACAAUACAUAGAAAUGAUAUUAUAUGAAUGAAAUAUAUAUUGCGAUUGGCUGGCAACCGCCUCUCACCCGACGUCAGCUGGGAUAAGUUCCAGCUCACCCAUGGCACUAUAGAAAGUGGAUGGAUAGAUCAUAUGAUCGAAAUGCAUAUCUACAGCUCUGGGGAAAAAAUAAAGAAACCACUAAAAAAUGAUCAGUUUUCUCUGAUAUUGCUAUAUGAACCAACGAGAACUAGAGUGGGUUAACACCAUUUUUAUUUAAUUUUAUUUCAUAUAAUUUUUAAGUUAAAUGAAAAGAUGAAUCCUGGUCUAAAUCGGAGUUUAGUUCCAAUUUUGACAAAUAGGAGUCAGCCCAUUAUUCCACUCAGCACCUUUUUAGCUUGGGUGCAAGUGCAACUGCAUGUUAGUAUAAGUGAAUUUGAUACAUCAUCUUUCAUUAACUAUUGAGUCACGUGACAAUUGUUUUGACUUAGACCACUAUCACACUAAACUUUCAGGGUCAGCCAUCACACUUUAAAGUCACUCUCCUGCAAAAAUGGAGUUGGUUCAGUCUGGUUCACAGUGGUUAAUUCAUACUUAUAGGAGGAAAAUGAUCAGUUUUGCUUUAUUGUAUAAACUCCAAAAUUCCAAAUAGUCAUUUUAGAGCAAUUUAAAAACUUUGUAUACCAAGUACCAUCUAAACAAUAUUUAGCUCUACAAGUAUCAUCAUCAUGACCAUCAUUAAAAUACAGUACCGUAGUAGGCUUAAGUAUUCAUUACAAAUUAGAGCUUUUAUUCCUGAAAAAGUAUUUAAUAUUUUAUUAUUAUGCACAGUAUGAACAUUGACACUGCUGAUAUAUAGGAAAAUAAAAUGUACUCUAAAAUGUACUGUACUUAAUUAAAUUUAAUUAAAGUAUAUUUCGGCGGCACGGUGGACGACUGGUUAGAGCGUCAGCCUCACAGUUCUGAAGACCCGGGUUCAAUCUCUGGCCCCGCCUGUGUGGAGUUUGCAUGUUCUCCCUGUGCCUGCGUGGGUUUUCUCCGGGCACUCCGGUUUGCUCCCACAUCCCAAAAAAAGCAUGCAUUAAUUGGAGACUCUAAAUUGCCCAUAAGUGUGAAUGUGAGUGCGGAUGGUUGUUUGUUUCUAUGUGCCCAGCGAUUGGCUGGCAACCAGUUCAGGGUGUACCCCGCCUCCUGCCCGAUGACAGCUGGGAUAGGCUCCAGCACGCCCGCGACCCUAGUGAGGAGAAGCGGCUCAGAAAAUGGAUGGAUGGAUAAAGUAUAUUUCACAUAAAAGUUAAAUAAAAAUGUACCUGAAUAAAAGUUUAAAAACAAAGUUUUUUAACACUAAAUGCAAAUGUAUUGUACUAAAAAGUUAAAUACAACUGAACUGUACUUGAGCAGUGAUUAUUUUCUGUGUUCUUUUGGAGCCCACAAACCACAAGUACUAGUACCACACUUUGUGAAUCACUGUUUUGGGGCAUUUUUUUGCAGGAAAGGAUGAAUUUUAAAUUUUGGUGGAUCUUUUUCUUUUUUCCAGAGCGUUAUAAGCAUGUGCAUAUGGUGGGAAAGCUCUUAUACCAUGGGUAGGCAAACUGCAGCCCGGGGGACAUUUUGGGCCAGUGACAGCAUUGGAUCUCAUCCAACAUUUGAUUUUGAAAACUCAGAGAAAAUAUACUUAAAAAUAUAUAUAAAUAAUAAACAUAAAUUUUCUUUUUCAUAAAUUGUAUUAUGGUUUAUAAUAAGAGUUCCCACCCCUUGCCACACACUGUGGCAAGUUAUUCCCCAAAUUAAUGUAAGGUGGAAUGUUCCAUUUCUGACUGUGAUAGGGGACAACUUAUUGCGCCAGUCAAAGCCCAAAUUUAUUUGGAUUUCAAGGCACAUCUCAUUUUCUAUCAGCUAGAUUUUUGCAUGGGAAUUUGGGGGUGGUAAAUUCAAGCUUAUCCCAAACUUUUACAAACUUAAGUCCCCUUUUUAUUAAUAUAAGUAAAUGGUUCUUCCCCUCUAAAACACAUCAUGUACAGUAUUGCCAUAACAAACACUACCCAUAAACAGAUAUUUAUAACAACAGAAAUAAAAUCAAUGACCCAAUAAUCAAAGCUGAAAUUUGUCUCCAAAGCUCCAAAUAUUAAUUUACAACUCAAUAAAAAUUAAUUUUCUCUCUCUGCCAUCCUUGUAUAGUUGAUGUUACAAUCAUGGCUUUUGCUUUACAGAGGACUACUUUUGUGGUGGUGUGCAUUGUUCUGAUACAUAUGAUGUUCUCUCUGUCUUUGUAUACAGUAUAUAGAUACAUCUAUCUUUAAUUUCUCUUUCUAUUUGUUUGUUCAUCUUCCUGUGACAGUGCUGUAGCUCUGUACGUCUCACUAUGCACCCCCCCCACCCCACACCAAAAAAAAAAAAAAAAAGCAGCUUCAGUCUUCUAAGUACAAGUACAUUAUAAACUGCCUGUUUGACUGUGGCAAGACAUGACACACACACGGUUAUAUGCUAUAUUUCUUUUUAUUAUUAGUCAUCAGAGAGUGGUGUUAAAAAAAAAAGAUUUCUGGUUCAGGGGAAGACUCAUGUCAAUAAAGUCACAACUUCCACUC